AUGUAUUUAACCACCACGCUUGCGUCUCUGCCCGCUACUUCUUCGAAUUUUUCUUCACUUCAAACCAUAAAUUUACAGCGAAAACCGUUACCGCCUCUACCAAAUAAUUUACAACAAACUGAUCAAUUUUCUUCUCAAAAAUCUACUUCAAUGCAAUUUUAUUCUCAAAACAAUGUUACUACAACAACUAUUACUACUACAUCAACUCCAAUAAUAAUACAUGAUUCUUCUUCGUUAGAACAAGCUCUUCCAGAACGCGUUUCGGAUUUCGCAGCUCAUAUGACUUGCUUCUUGUGGUUUGGUGAUUAUAUCAUGGAUUCUUCUUCGAUAAUACCUCCCCCAGGUGGGAAUGGUCACAGAAGGUUUCCUGAUUUUAAACCGAGAGACGCGUUCAAGAAGUUUUGUCGUGAUGUUAUUUCGGCCACUCAAGUCUCGCGAUCGGUCAUUCACUUAUCGUUAUUAUAUAUUCAUAGAAUGAAGAUAAACAAUCCUGCGAUUAAAGGUCAAAAUGGUUCUGAAUAUAGAACUUUUACUGUGGCUUUAAUGUUGGCAAAUAAAUUUUUGGACGACAAUACUUAUACCAAUAAAACUUGGUCUGAAGUAACUAAUAUACCUGUAUCUGAAAUAAAUACUAUGGAAAUGGAAUUUUUGGGUUCUUUGAAUUAUCAAUUAUAUGUUUCAGAGAAACAAUAUUUCGAUUGGGUUCAAAAUUUAUCAACUUACUUUCGAAUUGGCGAUAAUAACCUACAUGAUGAUGAUAAUUCUUCUCCUGAUGGUACUAUUUCUAUUUCUCAACAACAACAAUCUUCUCAGCAACAACAACAGUAUAUUCCUGUUCAACAUCAACAAAUUCUUGUUCCUGUUCAAUCAAUGGCAACUGGUUUUAAACGGUCAGCCGAGCAAGCUUUUGUAGAUGGAAUGAUGGUUUCACCUCCAAAAAGAGCUAAUGUUUAUCCUGUAUAUUCAGUUCAACCAUCACAACAACAAUCUCAACAAGUUUAUGCUCAAACUAUAGCAUAUCCAACUCCUCCAUCCAGUGCUUCAAGUUCUCGACGAGUUUCCGCCUAUUACAAUAUACCGACAACUUCUUCAAAUUCAUCUAACAUGGUAUAUUCCAGUCAUUCAUCACAACAAUCUUACGAAGUAAGACAAACUUAUACCAAUGUUGCUGUUAGAAAUACUCAACCACAAUAUACUGUUAUGGAUCCAGUUGGUGUGUUCUAUGCAACAAGGCGUGUUCAAUCUAAUCUUAUCAAUGCUCGGUCUGCUUCUUCAGGUUUUCCGGUAAAUAAUAUAUCAUUUACUACAACCGUAGUAUGA